AUGUCCCUCCUGCACUGUCCCUGGUAAUGUCCUCCGGCGGAUGCCAGCAUCUGUCAUCUGGGUUCCGUUCCCUGCAAGCGUCGGGACAUACGGGGACAGAACCGGAGAAAAUUUGAAAAUGACAAAAAUAAAACAUUACUGUAUCAAACCAUUUCACAUACAUUUUGUCCCUAGUGCUUUGUCCUGUGCCCUGCCUGCAUUUUUACUAUUCUUUCUGCCUGGAAACUGAGAAAUGUCCAUUGCGUCCAAAAAGCGUCCCUUUAGGACAAAAGCGGUUUUAGACCAGCUAGAGAACAGCGAUAGUAAAUUAGAACCACUUGCAGAACUGA